AUGGGUGACGCGUUCCGGAGGGCGGAGUCGGGCACUCAGCUACUUGCACGACUUGAGGGCAGAAGUUCUCUGAAGAAUCUUGAACCUUACCUGUUCGCUGAGGAGGGGUCUCCUGUUCAUGGAGAUGUCAUUGAAUUCCACGGUCCAGAAGGAACAGGAAAAACAGAAAUGCUUUAUCACCUAGUAGCCCGCUGCAUCACCCCCAAAUCAGGAGGAGGACUGGAGGUGGAAGUCAUGUUCAUCGACACAGAUUACCAUUUCGAUAUGCUUCGUCUGGUCACCAUUCUUGAGCACAGGUUAGCUCAACCGACGGAAGAAAUGAUAAAGCAGUGCCUGGGGAGGCUUUUUCUGGUGAACUGCAGUAGCAGCACUCAGUUACUCCUCACUCUCUACUCUCUAGAAAACAUGUUUUGCUCUCACCCGUCUCUCUGCCUUUUGAUUUUAGAUAGCAUAUCAGCUUUUUACUGGAUAGACAGAAGCAAUGGAGGGGAGAGUCUUAACUUGCAGGAGAUGAAUCUGAAGAAAUGUGCCAACUUUCUUGGAAAGCUUGUGAGAGAGCAUCACUUAGCCCUCUUUGCAACAACACAGACACUUAUGCAGAAAUCUACAAACUCUGCAGAAAGCUUUUUUCCUUUAAAACUUCAGCACGAAACUGAUACCGACUAUAGACCUUACCUUUGUAAAUCAUGGCAACAAAUGGUGACCCACAGGAUAUUUUUCUCUAAGCAAUGUAGUUCUGGCAACAGCAAAGCUUUUACAGUCAUUUCUUGCCACCUCAAAAGAAACCAUGUAGUAAAACGUUCGUUUAGUGUUGCAGAAUGUGGAGUUCAGUUUUAACUUCAAUUUGUUUUUAAAAUGUGUGCCAAAUCCUGAUGCUUAAGGCCUGGUUAGGUUGAAGUAGUUUUUAGUACCUUUUAAACCAGUUGGUUGUAGUUGGGUG